UCAUUUAAACCUUUAACCAGUAUAACAACACUUGCUUUUGUUCUUGGAUAAGAUGUCUGGCAUGUAUCUAUUGGCAAGUAUCCUCUGCCUGGCCUUUGGCAGCAGCCUCGGCUCUAUCAUGGAGGGCAACUACAAUGUGACCGCGAUGUGUACGACGGUCAAAGUAGGCACACAGCUGGGCAGCAUUGAGUCGUGUGAUUACUACUAUGUGUGCACCCAAAAUGGUCCCGUGCAGAGCUAUUGCCAGACUGGCUACUCGUACAACUACAAGGCACAGACCUGCAGUCCCUCGUCGCAAGUAAAGUGCUAUUAUGGAGUAGCAGAUCCAUGCGAGGGCAGCACCGGCGACCUUUGGGUUCCAGCUCCGAACACAUGCAAUCAAUGGAUCUACUGCAAAAAUGGUGUGGCCAGCGGAAGCGGCACUUGCGGAGAUUUGACCUUCAGUGCGUCAUUACAGCAAUGUAUUUACGGUGACUGCAAUGUAUUAGAAGAAAGUGGCGGACCAAGUCUAAACAGCCUCUGCGAGGUGGUGCCUCCUAAUAUCUACUUUGGCAGCGUCAGCAAUUGCACGACAUACAACUACUGUUACCCAGACGGCUCGCUGGGCAGCGGCACAUGCACAACGAGUGCUUUCAUUGUAUCAGCUGGCGCCUGCGGGUAUAAUACAAACGGUGCCUGCGAUCGAGUUCAAGAGAAUGCAGUAUCUGACACUUGCACAGACUCCGGCGAAUUUAUUGGCGAUCCAAAAAUCUGCGGAAAUUAUCUCUACUGCAAUGGUAAAACCUAUGAACAGAAGAGCUGUCCCGGUACCCAGUAUUGGGACACUAUAUCAAAUAGCUGCAAGUCUCGCCUAAUAGCCGUUCCGAGAGAGGGCUGCAAUCGUUGCCAGUAUGCCACAACACCAUUCGUGAACGCUGUAAACAACCAGAACUGUAAUACUUACUACUACUGCACAAAUGGCAGCAAUGGCGCAGUUAGCACCUGCCCAGUGGAUUACUUCUUCAAUGAAUUUGAACAAGGUUGUGCCCCUGUUAGUGGUCUUACCGAUUAUGGAACUGCAUAUGCUCCUUGCAUGGGAGCCACAGCUUUGACGACAACCUCUACACCAACCACUACACCAACCACUACACCAACCACUACACCAACCACUCCAUCAAAAUGA